AUGGAACCUAAAAUCUUGUACCUUAACGUCGGUGGUAAAGUGUUUGCAACCACCACGAAAACACUACAACGAAUUCCAAACUCAUACUUGUGCAGAUUGAUCAACGAUCCACUGGCAUUACGAGAUGAGAGCGGACGACUAUUUAUCGAUCGCAAUCCAGACCUUUUUUCCUUUGUACUGGACUUCUAUCGUGUCGGGAAGCAGAGCAUCCCAAGGCGCCGGGAUGAAUUACUCCGGCUGUCCGAAGAAGCAAAGUUUUAUCAGCUCAAUGAAAUGGCCGAAGCCAUAGCUGAGCAAAUGAAGUACAGACGCACUUGUAUCACAAUUGGAUAUCGUGGAACGUUUAGCUCCACUCGAGACGGAAGCACAGAUCUGCGGUUCCGUAAGCUAACCCGGAUUCUUGUGUCAGGUCAAACUCAAGAAUGCCGGCGCAUAUUUGGUGAUAGCCUGAACGACACUCGAGAACCGGAUAUUGAUAAUAAUUACUCCUGUCGAUUUUACCUCAAGCAUUCUGUACUAGAACAGGCGUUCGACCUUCUCUGCAACAAUGGGUACGAUCUGGUGAGUGCGUGCGCUUCCGGCACCAAUUCAGUUGCAAGUGAUGUGAAAUUUGGACAAGACGAGGAAGAAUUGCGUUGGCAACAUUACAAUGAGUUUAUAUUUGUGAAGAACGAUCAAGUUUGA